AUGGACAGGCGAAAAAAUGCAGAUUUUAGAAAUGUAACAGAUAAUUUAACUCAUAAUUUGCGCACAGAAAAUUUAAAGAGAAUGCAGCUAGUUUGUCAUCAAAAUGUUUAUAAAAUUAGACUCAAACAUUCACAAACAACAUUGACUUUUGUAUCCACACGAGCCUCCGUAAAGUUGAUGCAAAACUUUAGCUGGUCUUUUUUUCCACUUCACAAAAUAAAUCAACCACCAUAUUUGUUUGUUUAUUCUUCGAUAUGGUUUGAGAAGUUUGUUUUGAUGAAUUCCCGUUAUGCUAAUGGAGUCACUGUACUUAAUGGCACUAACGUGAAAUUAGUAUGGACUGUAAACGUAUCUCCCGGUGAUACUAUUGUUUCGAGAAGUGUCUACUUGUCACCUGAUUUCACUAAUCCAAUACUUGUUGACAGGAGUAUCAAGAAAAAGGGUCUAAAAUUAUUUGGUGAAAACAGAUUAUCUGCUACAUUUGGUACCGGGAAGUACACAAUGUCUUUAAUGGAUGUGAAAUAUAAUGAAAGUGGAACAUUUCAACUUGAUGUAGCUAUUGAAAAUGAUGGUUUAAUAACGACCCAAUCUGACAUUCAUGUCAUUGUUAGAGGUAGACCAAACUUUUGCGACAAUAAAUAUCCAUAUCAUUAUACUGCAAUCGAAAGUGGUGUUUUUACAGAAGGACCUGAGGUAUGUGGAUAUCCGAUACCUGAUGUUAAAUGGAAAAUAGGAGAAGACAACUUCAGCACCUUAUCUACUCCUUCUGUCAUUAAUAAAGCAACCAGGAAAUACAAACACAGUUUUAGGACUCGACCUAUCACUCGCAAAGAUUGUGGAAAAAACUUCACAUUUGUUACUUCUAAUACAUUAGGAAGUAUGGAAAGAAAUUUCAAAAUUGAUGUUAAAUUUGUACCUUCAUUGGUUUCGAAAGUAUUAUAUUACAGACACAAUGCAAGUUGUGUUCGUGUCACUUGGGAUGCGGAAGAUACUGGGAAAUGUAAUAUCAGCUAUCAUUUGCAGUUUGCUGGUACAAAAGCUGUGUAUAACAUUUCCAGCACAAAUUUUACACUCUGCAAUUCUUCAUAUGUUGAUGUCGUUUUCAUUUGGGCAUCAAACAAGAGGAACAUUGGUGGAAAACUUGCCAGUAGAAUUAAUGCUACAACCUCGUUACCAGAUAGCCUAACGAACAAUGCAGGACAAAAUGUACAGGCAACAUGUGAUGAUCCAUUUACAAGUAACAUUAUUACUGCAAUCGUCACAUUAGCUGCCACACUGAUUUUAAACACAAUUAUCUUUGUUAUUCUCAAGCACAAAGGUUUCAUCAUUGUAAGCAUGAGCCGGACGAAAUCAGCACACAGUAUUAAAAAUCAAACUACUAAUGAUUAUCAGGGAACAGGGGCAAAGAUAUCUCAUUACGCAGAUGUCAACAGCAAAGCUGUGAAACAAAGUACAUAUGCAGAUUUGACAACGACAGCUGACCUUUCCAAGCAGUAUUAUGAAAUUGAGUUAAAUACAAUGCAAACAAACAUAUACGCCAAUAUCACGACCUGAAAGUAACAAAACUGCAGACAUAGACACUUCAUCCAAUAACUGUGU